AUGUCGCCCAAGCCCGCAAAGACGCUGACCACCGUCCUCAAGCUGUCGCCCAAGCAUCUUGCGCACUUUCCCCACGACACACCCGCGCCGCCAUCCCCAGCAUCCAAGCCAGCAUCCACCCCGGAGGCCUCGCCAGCGCCCCAGAUGGCCGACCUCACCGCCGGCGACGCAUCUGCCGGCACCCCCGACACGCCGGCCGCCCUCAACGGCGCCAGCACGCCGUCGUCGCUUGCACCACCGGCAUCAGCCCCAGGAAGCAAGCGCAAGACGCCUGCGCCCAAAGCGGGCACCAAGCGCGCCGCUGCUACCCUCGAGGGCUCCAGCACACCAAAGGCUCGUGGCAAGCCCGGGCCCAAGAAGCGAAAGCUUGGUGACAUGGUCAACGACCCCAACAACAAGACGCCUGCAGCCCCCACACCCAACCAGAAGCUCGGCCCGAAAGCGAACCAAGGUGCUAUCAACGCCGGGCUGCGUGCUCUCGACCGCACGGGCAAGUUCAAGUGCCGCAGAUGGGAGAAGAAGGGCUUCCAGCUGCGCAGCUUCACCGGCGUCGCCUGGGACGUGCCCUCCUGGAAAGCACCCAACCGCAAUGCCGCCUUCCUGGAAGAUGUCAAGAGCGACUCCACCGGCUCCAGCGACACCAAAGUCAAGGAGGAGAGCAGUGCUGUCAGCGAGAAGAGCGGCCUCAACGGGGACGGCGCAACACCCGUGCCGCCGCUCAUGGAGGAUCUCAACAGCUCGCCAGCCCCCGUGUCUGCCAUGUAG